AUGAACGCUGUGUUGUCACCGCAACCACCGAUUUUCCCUCAUCAGCACGAAACCACCCGGAUCUCGCCCUCUCGAUCCAUGUCACCAUAUAACAACAUGGCAUCCAGAAAGAGGAAGGCCGACGACGAUAACGACGACAUGUCGGUCUCGCCCCUGAGCUCGCCAGCCCUUCCAUCCAGACCGAUUGUCAGGCCGUCAAAAAAGAUCCGACAAGCCAACGACGACGUAGCUGCCCGCCCGCUGUCACUUCCCCGUCUUCUCGAAACUCUCACCAACGACCAGCUCCGAACAGUCCUCCAAACCAUCUGCGAACGACACCCCGAUAUUGGGCACGAGGUGGUCACUAGCGCGCCACGACCGACCGUCGCCUGUGCGCUCGAUAUCUUGGCCGGGUACCAGGAGAAGCUACACGAUGCAACUCCACUUGGCCAUACAAACUCCGACUAUGCCUAUUUCCGAGUGAAGCAACAGCUGGGCGCCCUCCUCGAUGCCAUUUCCGAUUUCACGUCACAAUUCCUCCCGCCGUUGGAGCAGCAGACAAACAUAUCAUUGCAGUUUUUGGACGGUGUCACCAAAAUCAUUCACGAACUCCCCGACUGGGAAAACCAAUCACAUCGCCACCACAAGGAUGCUGCGUACGAUGAGAUUUCGGCGGCAUGGGCACUUGUCAUCACGGAAGCUUCAAAAAGGGGCGGAGGUUUUAUCGUUCAUACCGGAGGCUGGGACCAGAGGCUAGUAAAGCACAAUCAACAGUCAGGAGGCAAAAUGGGACAGGCCAUCAACGCCUUGGCGGUGGAAGUCGGAUGGCAAGGACAGAACCCGAUUACCGACACACCGGCUCCGUCAGGGAGGGACCCUAAUUCGAUCUUGAACCAGCUUAUUAACGGUGCAUACGGUUCACCCGUCCGUGUUGGACCUUGGUAAAUAGCAACAAUCUAGGUUGCUACUUCACCGGUCCUUACAUUUAAAGAAGGGGCGUAAAUCUUUGUGACGAAAUGCCUUUGCGACAAUUUUCUUUACUAGCUAUUUCCACUCUCGGGAAACGAAGGAUUCAGGGGCGACAAGGGCAUAGACUUUGGGGUGCUGGUCAUGGGGCGAGGGGUUCUGGCUUUUUUAUUAUUUUUCUUUUUCUUUUGUUUGUUUACGCACACACACUCGGCGUUUUGCUGUUAUACUCCUUUAUUAUCGAUAUCCAGACAACAAGAUUUUUCCUUUUCCUUACUCAUCACCAUGUACAGGGCAGGACGCAAGCAGCACCGAUAAGGGUUUAUUCAUAGCUUUGAGCCAUGGGAAACCUGCUUGCUGAGUUCUUUUCUUUUGUAUUUAAGUAUCCUUCUUAUGUCUUUCGGUGUCUUUGGCUUGGAGUUAUUGUUUGAGGGGAGGGUAUGUACCGUGGCGUGGGUACAAUGGGUGGAUGGGAAGCAGCUCAGAAACUUUGUACGAAAACUGAUGUUGCUUUGUUGUCUUUGCAGCCCCUUGCUUCUGGUGAUUGUGGGCUGUGGUGUAUGCAGAAGUACUUUUCUCCAGGCUGCUUCAAUUUCAUGGCGGUGGAUCUGUUGAUGUGGAUUUGUUUUACCUUCAAUGUCUGGUUUGGUCUCUCUCUGUGUGGGACUGGUCAUGGUGGACAUGAGUGGUGGUCGGCAUGCUGACCGACCAAGAAGGGAUGGUCUGGAGUCUUGCUUUACAUAUAUAUAUCUAAAUAGAACAUAUCUGUUUAGUUUCGUUUAGUGAGUUGUGGUGAUCAAUAUAGUGAUUCCUUAUGGGGAUAUGACGGUUCAGACGGUUGGUUUGGGGAGUUUGAAACACGACUCCUGAUAUACGGAUGGAGAGAGAAACAGAGGAUGGAAAAUAACUCAAAACUUGGCUGGCUGUGUGUUUCAGUUGUAGGGGUAUUAGGGGAUCAACGGAUAGAAGGUUACUGGCUAUGCUAUGGAGGGUCUUUACCCGGGUCAGAGCUUGUGGGUGUUGAAACAAGAUGUAAACCAUCAUGUUGUCAAUAGAAAGUCACCAACUG